AUGGUUGCCAAAAAUCCUCGUAAAUCACCUAAGAAACGUAAAGAACUUCCAGUUGCUGACUCCCUAUGGAUCUCACGAUCAAUUGCUACUAGAUACAGCGACAUCCACACUAUUCCCAAAGUGAUGGAUUUGAUAACCCAAUAUAAUUUUAGAGCUGACGCGAAGAUGUCUCGCCUUUCUGAAGACGAUAUUCUCCGCUUCCGCCGCGAGCAACAGGCGUUGAAGAAAAAGCAAUCUCCUGCCAAGUCUCUAACCGAACCUGAAGGGAGUCACUCUGAGACGGAGAAGAAUCCCGCCCCAAAAAGAAGGAAGAAAAACCAAAGUUCGGAAAAGGCUGCUGAGAAAGCCACCAUUCAAACUCCGCUGGAAAAAUUCACAACCAAAGGGGCGAACCAAUAUGGUUCCUCAAGCGCUCCACCUCCCUCGUGGAAGAACGAACUGAAAGAAUUCGAGGACAUGACUUCAGAAGAAAUUACUUCCUUAUGGGAUUCCCGCAUCAACUUCAACUCUCUUGUGGAGACCAACCUUGUAUUUGAAGCUGAUAAGGAAAAGAUGAGGAAAGUUGGGCUUCAAGAAGCCUGCCAGGCCGUCAUGACUAAAAGUUUGGAAAUUGCUGCCAUUUCCAAGAUGAUAGAAAUUGAGUCCAGCCACUUUGAUGGGCUUUCUAACGCUAAGAAGCUGGAAGAUAGAGAAAAAGAAAAUGAAAAGCUGAAGUCCACAAUGAAGUUGUUGGAAAAAUCUAACAAAGCCAACGAGAAGAAAGCCGCUGACCUGGCUUUAGAACUUGAAAAAUUGAAAAAGACUGUGGAAGAAGGUGAAGCCUUACUGAAGGCGAAGGAAGAAGAAACACAAAAAUUGAAGGAAGAGGCGAACUCCUUGGCCUCGGAAAAACAAAUUUUGAACAAGACUGUUGAUGAUCUUACUGCCGAAACGGCAUCUUUGAAAGCCUCCAUUCUUUCCCAACUUGAGGCUGGUUUUAACAAAGCUAAGGAGCAAAUCUUGUUCCUAAAUCCUGACGUGCCUAUCAAGACUGAAGGCGCCUUUGCAUUUUGA